AUGACAUUUGAUAUAGAUAGACUUCAUACUCAAUUAAGAUCAUUAUGGCCCAAACCACUUCGGAUGCCUCUUUUAUGUUCUUUAGAUAAAUCACUUGCUGCUCCUAUCAUUUCCGAAGGAUGGAAUGAAAUGACAAAAGGUCUCAAUACUCAUUACUUUCAUUUAGAAGAAAAUGAAUCAUAUAUUACAUCCAUAGCUUCCAGUGAUAGUACAUUAAUAGCCUUAGGUUCUGGAUGUCAGAAUGGUAAUCUUUAUUUUAUCAAAGAAGAUGUCAUUAAUAAGGAAAAUGAAUCCACAUCAUCAUCUCGUUUCCAGCAAAUUCAUCAUACUCAACUUCAACGUCCUAUUCAUUCACUCGACUGGUCCAAUAAUCUCUUACUAGUGGGAACAAACAAAGGUACAACUUAUCUAUACAACACUAGGGGAUUACAUAAUAAGGACAAUGAUCAAACACCUGCCCUUGAAAAGUUAGCUGAAUACCAAUCUAAACAUUUACCUGAAUCAUUCGUCGCUCCCCCUCACCAACGUGCACCAAAUUCUCAUGUGAAAUGUGUUUCUUUCAGUCCUACUUUUGAAAGUGAGCCCAAUCAUAAUGAUUCACCCAACAACAACGAUGAUAAUGGACUUUAUUCAUCUCUUUUCCUUACCACAGCUACCAACCACAUCGAAAUAUGGGAUAUGAACCAUCCUGGAAAUUCCAAUUUGCGUACAAUAGAACCAGAUAAAGGCACCAUCAAUACAACCCAUUGGGCUUCUCUCUCACCUUAUCUCAUGGCGACUGGUGGCGAUGAACACAUUCUUCAUGUCAUUGAUCUACGUGUACAAGAAAAUCAAGGCAUUAUUUGGCAAGCGUAUCAAGCACAUUCAAGAUCCAUACGUACAAUACAAUUCAAUCCUUUUCUUCCCUAUUGGUUAGCUUCUGGGGGUGAUGAUGCUGUAGUGAAUAUCUGGGAUCUUCGUGCUACCUAUCAUAAACCUUUGGCCAAGAUUGAUGGACAUUAUGGUCCUAUUACAUCGGUGACAUGGGGAAAUACUCGACCGGAACACUUAGUUUCUACUUGUAUGGACGGGACUUUUCGCUUAUGGUCAUUAUCGAAAUAUGCAAUGCCUAUCUGGUCAACUUAUCAUCAAGUAGCUGAUCAAGGUACAGAACGACAUAUGCCUGAAUGGCUUCAGAAAAGAGAACAACAACAUCUUGUUGAAAGCUGGAAACCGAAUAGAAUGAAAUCAGAUCUUACUAUACCUGCUGUUGACCUGGACAUCGACAUGGAUGAUUUUCCUACAAAAGAUCAGACCACUCCCCUCGGUGCGUUUGGUAUUGGCGAAUGGGGCAAGAUGCAAAUUGGUCCUCUCUAUUAUGGUGGUUCAAAUGAAAAAAGUAAAGGCAGUGUUGUUCAAACUAUAACAUCUACUACAAGACCGGGACUAUUCUACUGUGCUACAAGUUAUGGUCAACUAUGUGCUCAACUUUUUCGACAAACCUCUCAAGCUUUUUUGGAUUAUCCUCAUAGAUUCGAUUGCAAAAAGGAUCCAUUAUGCUACGACAUCGACAAAGCUAUCUUUUGUCGUCAAAUAAAAAUGGCAAAUGACCUUAUCGGUAAAUUAAAGGAAAUCUCAAGUUUGGAUAAUGAUCAAAAGAAGCUUUAUGAAAAACGUAUCAGCGAUUUUGAAGAUCGUUUGAAAGUUCGACCUUGUAUUCAGUCAAACGAAUGGAAAAUGGAUAGUAUUCCCGACCCAAAUGACAAACGACUGUGGACCGACACUGAUAGAUGGCAAUGUGCUUUGGACGCUUUUGGUAAUGAUCUGAUCUAUUGGAACUAUCGACUUCCUCCAGGAUGCGCAUCUGUAUUCAAAGAUAUUCCACUUGAUACUGGGGAACUACUUCAACCACAGUUAUCUAGUGAGACCUUACAAAAUGUCGCCUAUAACUCAAGUGAAGCUGAUUCAUCUAGGAUUGUAGACGAAAUCACUCCAACAAUGUCUUCUGUUGAAUCAUCAGUCAGUAUUUUGGAUCGUCAGGUUUCUUUACCAACAAGAAAUGAAAAACGUUAUCUUAGAAGAUCAUCUACGACACCAAAUCUACCAUUGGAAGCAUCAUCUGACUUGACUUUUUAUAUGGACAAUGUGGGCAAUAAAAUCACUAACGUAGAUGCAUUAUACAUCAAUACCAAUAAAUCUGGUUUACAACGAGCAAAAACUGCUAGCACCCAGAGGAAAUUCACUCGCCAAAAUUCAUCAUCUGAUCCUUCUUUAGCAACGACAAAGCUCAAACUAGUACAAUCUCGAUGGGGAAAGAAUAAACCAACUACAGCCAAAAUCGAUGAUCACAUGGAUAAUGAUCUACCUACGGACAUCAAAUCAGGUUUCUCAUUUAGUUCAUUGACGGCACCAUCCAUUAGACGUACUCUGACGAAACGACGUAGUAAAAAAAACCAUCAAGAUAUCAGUCACACCACUAGCAUCACACCAUCCUCAAUCACCCCUCCUUUGAAAAAGAAAAACAACUAUCCGUUUUUCUCCAACAAUACAUCAUCCAGUGGAUCCUUACCAACAGCCAUCAGCAACCAAGAAGAUAUAUCUGUCAUUGCCAGUCCAUCUCCUGAUAACAUCAGCUCUCCCAGCGAUAAGUCUUCAUCAGCACAUACAGCUAGCACUAGUGGUGGCACAAAUGUGGAUAGAGAAGGAAUCACCAUGACGACUACCUUGGUAUCCAGCCCACAAGAGAACCUUCAACAACAUGACAACAUCAGCAAUACAGAAGAAUUACAAUAUCACCCAAAACGACAAUAUCAUGGUCCUUCCCUGAUUGCCCCAGCUAAAUCUAUCCAACGCGCUUUGAGCAAAAGAAUUCAUCGAAAAAGGGAGAGUAGACAAUCAUCAUCAUCAACAACAACUAUCGAUAAAGACCCUCAUCAUCCAUCGCCACUUGUGGAUUCUUCACCUUCAUCAUCCAGGAAUGCUCUCUAGAUUAGUAUAAUUAUGAUCAUCCUCUCGUCUUUUUUUUUUUAAAAAAAAAAAGUAAAAAUAAAAAUAGAUUCUUU